AUGGCCUCUGACGGCCCAGAUCCACAGAGUCUGAAGUCAUGGCAGGAUGCUUUUCAGUACCCAAUUCCCUCCGUACGUCGCGUGGAGCAGGAGCUCCGCCGGGACAUUGCAAGCAAUAAGGAGAAGCUCCGGGCGCUUGUCGGUACGCGAUAUCGAGAGCUCGUUGGCACCGCGGAAACAAUUGUUGCUAUGAACCGUGAAAUCCAGGAUGUGGACACGACCUUAUCGGAAAUCGGACGACGGUGCAACCCACGGCUGUUGGGAAAGAAGUAUGCGCAUUUCAAUCAAAUAAGCGGAGAAACCACGGAUCAGGCCGUAGAUGCUGCUAAGCGUGCCCUCGGAGCUCAGCUUGCGCUACUUCACCGGUGCUCGGUACUGAUAUCCAAGAUGUUACGGAAGCGUGGCUCCCCCUUAUUGAUCGCAAAGCUACUUGUCAUCUCUCGCCCUUUGCAUAAAACGCUCUCGGAACAGAAACCCGCGCCGCCGUUCCUUGAAACUUUGCACAAUCAGCUUGCGAACCUUCGGAGCGGCCUUCGAAACCGAAUCAAUAAACGCCUUGCGAGCGCCAAGUCUUCUAUCGACGAGGUUAUCGAAGCCCUGGCUGCAUAUUGCUUAGCGACAAGUUCCUCAUCAGAUGAUGCCGUCGCGUACUAUCACAAGAUCCGCUUGGAUGUUAUAGGAAGUCACCUGGAGCUUGCCAAAACUUCGAAAGAGAAUAUAUUGUUAGCUUUGCGUCUCUAUGUCCAGACUCUCCAAGUUUCCAAGAUCCUCCUCUCUCGGCGUCUCGCUGACGUGUUGAACAAGCUAAAGUCUCGGCCUCUUUUCAGUGACCCUGAGGUUCGCAACAUUGAUGAUCUCUCACUUGAUGUAUUAGGCCGCUGGGUGGCGGCGGAUGUGAUCAAUUUCACCCCGUGGAUCAAGGUUACCGAACUAUCCAAGCAGGAUGCAGAGAGAACUAUCAAGAAGUGGUCGACGAACGCUUUCAUCGAGUUUGUGCGCCGCGGUCAAUCCAGCCUUGCCGAAUGGGCGGAUUUUCCCCAGUUACUGCAACUUCGGAAAGAAACCUUGGAGAUUUGGCUCACCUCAUGGAGCUCUACACCUACCCAUUCAGCAUUGCAGGUAUUAGAAGGGAUACGGACUAUAUUCAACGGCCGCCUGACGGACAUACUAUCCGACAAAGCCAAGGCGUUGGAUGCCUUCGGGAAGGCCGUUGCAUCGGUUGUCUCCGACUGGGACGGGAGAGUGCACAGUAGUACUCGGUCACUCUGGGAUCCUGAACUGGUCUCUCUCGAUUACUCCAACGGUGCAGCCGCCUUCAAAAAAGGCAUUACAGAUCGGCUGCUUGGCCGUGAUGAAGACGUGUCGGCUGUCUUGGAUGGUCAUAAAAACUGGCUUUCAUCGAUUGAGACUCUUCGGGAAACUAUUGAGGCUCUGCGAGAAGUUCGCUGGCCUGACGUUAUUGAUGAAGCCACAGAUGAGGAUAUUGACAUUGACGUCGCGGCAAUCCUAAACGAAGACGAUAGACAGCUCCUAUGGGACGCCCUCAAGGCUGCUGUGAUACAAUCGUUUGAUGGGCUGCAGGCCGCCUUGAGCGACACGUCCAAGUCUCUUGGAAGCUCAAAUCUUGGGGAGAAAGCGGCGUUCAUGCUGAAGAGUAUUCGACUGGUUCGAAGGGACCUUCCACACGAAUGCAUACCAAGCAAACCCGGAUUUUCAAACGACAUUAUUCCUAGGUUACAAGAAAUCCUUGCGACGAAUGUCAUUGCAGAUACUCGGCCGCUGGCCCUCUCGAAUCCCGAGUCUAGGCUGAUACCUGGGAGGACACUCUGGGAAGGUGACCCCGAACUUCCGAUUCAGCCCUCACCGGCCGUGUUCAAAUAUUUGCGCAGGCUAGUACAGUCUAUGGACCGACAUGGCCCUGGCCUCUGGGAUACAUCUACUGUGGAAGUUCUUCGGGCUUCUCUUCAGAAGGAGCUGUCGGAGCGGCUUUCCUCCUUCCUCGAGGAACUAAAGGUUCCCGUCGAUGCAGAUACGCCAGAAACUGAGGAAGCACCUCAAAACGGAGACGACUCAUCCCAGGAAAUCGCAAACCAGACAUAUUUGCAAGACCUCAAAGCUCAACUGUACUUUGACAGCGUCUUCCUGAGCUCCGCCUCGACGAAAAAGGGGCAACCGAAUCCAUUACAAGAAGUUGGAGUGAAGCUCCGGGGUAGCUUCGGCCCGGAAACGGAACUCUCAGCAAAGACCAUGGAUCGGCGGGCGCAGGAAUACUGGCACCGGACGAGGCUGUUAUUCGGCCUAUUAGCGGUUUAA